GCGGCGGCGGCAACGGGACGGGGACCGGGCUGCUGGGUCGGCCGGUCAGUGUUGGAUGGAGGGUCCCGUCCGCCUCGCCGGUUCUCUCUGGAAUGUCCUGGGGAGCGGCUGUCGAGGGGGAGCGGGGGCUCUCUGGGCGCGGGCAGCGCCGCUGCGGCUGAGAGGUUCCUCAUUGAUUCAUAUUACUCUGAAGCUCUUUGGCAUCAGCCUUUGUAACCUGGCAUUAUGCAUCCUGGUCCAGGACCUUCACACAAACUACUUUUUCUUACAGUUUUCCUCUCAACUGCAGCUUCAGAUUUGAUUCCUCGCUUUGUUUCUGAACCUCUUUCUAUUGUCCAGAAGCCAGGUGCAACUGUAAAACUUUACUGUUCUGCUGAACCAUCUACAGCUUAUCUCUCUUGGAUAUUCAAUGGAGAGAAAUUGCAUAAGAAAAUAGAGCAAGUAGACCCGCAGCCAGGAUCCCUGACCAUUUUCUCUCUUAGUCCUUCAAAUUCUGGUACCUACCAGUGUGUUGCUAAUAACAGUAUUGGUGCAAUAAUCAGCAGGCCUGCAACAGUGUCUAUAGCAUAUCUUGAUGAUUUUGAAACUUCAUGGAGAAACACAAUUUCAGUGGAAGAAGGGAAUACUGCUUUAAUAGGUUGCAAGCUACCAAAAAGCAGUCCAAAAGCACAGGUUCGUUUCCGCGUGCGGGGAAAAUGGCUGGGACAAUCAACAGAAAACUACCUUAUUCUCCCAUCUGGAAAUCUGCAAAUUUUGAAUGUAUCUUCAGAUGACAAGGGAAUAUAUAAGUGUGCAGCAUAUAACCCAGUUACUGAUGAUUUGAAACUUGAACCUACUGGACAUAAGCUCAUAAUCAGUAACUCUUCCUCAGCGGAUUUUCAUAUUGUUCAUCCAACCAGUUCUCAGGCACUGGCAAUACCUCAACAUAGACCUCUGAUGUUGGAGUGUAUAGUUAGUGGACUUCCUGUUUCUUAUGUUCACUGGUAUAAAGAUGGUAGAGAUGUGCUAAUUCAGAGCAGAUGGAAGCUGUUUCACUCCCAUCUUACCAUUGAUUCUGUGGAUAUAUCUGAUGCUGGAAAUUAUUCCUGCGUAGUGCAAAAUAAUUACGGAGUUGUGAAAUAUGUCAACUACAGCGUAAAUGUGCUUGAACCUGCUUCUAUUUCAAGAGGAUUGCAGAAUCAGUUAGUGUCUUGGGGCAAAAAUUUGCAUCUUUCCUGUGAAAUACAUGGAAACCCUUUACCUAAUCUUACCUGGUACCAUAAUGCAAUUCCUGUUCAUGUUUCUUCACGGCACUUAUCUUCAGGAAACAAGCUGAGAAUAAAUCGAAUCACCACAGAAGACACAGGAUUGUAUCAGUGUUUAGUAAACAAUGGCAUUGGAUUUUCACAGUCCACUGGGAGAUUUCAUUCCCAAGCAGACAAAAGUUCCAAGCCAGUUAUAACUUCAUUGCCAGCAAACACCAAAGUGAUAGAGGGUGACACAGUAUCACUGUCGUGUAAUGCCACUGGAUUGCCUACCCCCGUAAUCCGUUGGUACAACAGGCAUGGAGUAAUUACCACCCAUCCUUCACAGGUGCUCUACUCAAAAUCACAGAAGUCAUCCCCUCAGGCAAGAACUGGCAACUCCAUUGCAGACAGAGCCUACUUCAUUAUGUCUCGCAGUGGGUCAAGUUCCUUAUAUAUCCAGCCUGUUACAUCAGAGCAUGCUGGGAAAUACGUCUGUGAAGCAACAAACGAUUAUGGGCUUGCUCGUUCAGAGGUUUUUCUUACAGUUGUUUCCUAUGAAGCUAGUACAAAAGCGGAAGUUCCUUCUUUUGAAGUUGCCCAGAAUGACGAUGGAGAUGGAGAUUUUGAUUCAGAAAUGAUUCUCCCCAGCACAUCUCCAGCUGAGAUCCUUACUGACAAAAUUGCUACAGAAAAAACAUCCAGUGGCAUUUCCCCACCAGAAGCUCCUAUCAUUCUCAGCCCUCCACAGACACUUAAGCCAGACCAGUACAACCUGGUCUGGCGAUCUGGAAAGGAUGGUGGUCGGCCAAUCAAUGUUUAUUUUGUGAAAUAUCGCAAGUUAGAUGGCAAUGUAACUAAUUGGUAUACAAUUCGGGUCCCUGGAAGUGAAAACGAACUUAGCCUUACGGAACUGGAACCUUCCAGCCUAUAUGAAGUUUUGAUGGUUGCAAGAAACGAUGCUGGUGAAGGUCAGCCUUCCAUGCUUACUUUCCGUACUAGCAAAGAAAGAUCCUCCUUCUCAAGAACCUCACAGACUCCCUCUCAACCAAUUGGCAUUCCUAAACAUUCUGUCAUUCAGGAAGGAACAACCAACAAUUUUGGCGUGGUCCUUCCAGAUCUAUCUCGACAUAGCAGUGUUCCUGAGGCACCAGAUCGGCCUACUAUUUCAGCAGCAUCAGAAACCUCUGUUUAUGUCACUUGGAUCCCACGUGCAAAUGGUGGAUCACCUAUCACUGCCUUUAAAGUAGAAUAUAGACGUAUUAACAGAAAUAAUGAAUGGCUAGUUGCAGCAGAUAACAUCUCUCCUUCUAAACUCUCAGUGGAAGUUGGCAAUUUGGAUCCAGGAACUGCAUAUAAGUUCCGUGUAAUUGCUAUUAAUAAUUAUGGAGAAAGCCCACGAAGUUCUCCCUCUCGAUUGUAUACCGUGGCAGGCUUUACCAACCGAUACUCCAACCGCCCCAUCGCAGGACCUCAUAUUGCUUAUACUGAAGCAGUCAGUGACACCCAGAUCAUGUUAAAGUGGUCUUACAUUACUUCAAGUAACAACAACACACCUAUCCAAGGAUUUUACAUUUAUUAUCGUCCCACGGAUAGUGACAACGAUAGUGAUUACAAGCGAGAUGUUGUAGAAGGGACAAGACUGUGGCACUUGAUAAGCCAUCUACAACCUGAAACAUCAUAUGAUAUUAAAAUGCAGUGUUACAACGAAGGAGGAGAAAGUGACUACAGCAACGUGAUGAUGUGUGAGACUAAAGUGAAGCGCUUGCCUGGAGUAUCCGAAUAUCCAGUAAAAGACCUUAGUACACCACCUAAUUUCCCUGACCGUGGAAUUGGGAGCAAUGCAGGUCAACCAAAUGGUCCAGCCCGGAGUAGCAACAUGUUGUAUCUCAUUGUAGCCUGUGUCCUUGGAGUGAUGGUUUUCAUUUUGAUUGUCUUCAUUGCCAUGUGUUUAUGGAAGAACCGUCAGCAAAAUGCCUUGCAAAAGUAUGACCCUCCUGGCUAUCUCUACCAAGGUGCAGAUAUCAAUGGACAAAUGGUUCAGUAUACAACUCUACCAGGCACAAACCGUAUUAAUGGUGGCAUACAUGGAAACUUUAUCAGUAAUGGAAAACAUAAUAAUGGGUGCCUUCACCUCCAUCAUAAGGUUCCUAAUGGAAUGAAUGGGAUCAUGAAUGGUGCUAUCAAUGGAGGAACUGGUGUUUAUCCAGGACAUUCUAACUCCCUCUCCAGAGCACACGUAGAAUAUGAACACACCCAUCACAUAGGAAAUGGUGGUGAAGUAUACACAUCGGUCCCCCAGACGGACCCUUCAGAGUAUGCCAAUUGCAGGAACUGUCGGAACAAUAACAGGUGUUUCACUAAAACCAGUGGCAGUUUCGGCAACAGUUCUGUAUCUGUGAUGCCCAUAAUAGCACCUUAUCAGCAAGACAGUUUAGAAAUGAAACCAUUAAAUCACAUGAUUGUUGCCAUGUGCUUGGCAUCCACAGUCCCUGGCUGCAAUGUUGAGACUGAAGAAAAUGACAAGGACAAGGUAGAGUCGCCAUCACAUCAGGACUCUUGUUGCCAAGAAAAUGUGAACCCACUCAGUACAAAUUGUAUAUCAGAUCACAGUGCCCAUUUGGAGACAUCUGAUCACAUGUUGAACUGGAGCCCCCUUAUUCUUCGGCCUAUUUCAAAACACUGUAAUGAAAAGACAGAAGUGAUUUCAAAAGGUGUUCCAUUGGACAGUUUGGGGGGACAUCAACAGCUCCAAAUACAAGAGACUUAAGAAAAUGGCCUCUCUUCAGUAAAGCCAGUAACUGCACAGCAGAAGUGCUGGGACUGAUGACAAGAAUAUUAAUUAUUAGAAUCAUUAUUUAUUUUUCGUUUUUGAGGUGUAGUGUCCUAUGAAUGUAUGUUUUAAAAAGCCUUUUUGCUGAUAUGUAUUAUUUAUCCCUUGAGAAAUUCAUCCCCAAACCUCCCUGGAUGACAUCAGUGUGACAAUUUAUAAUAAUAUAGAUGAUGUCUUCCUUGGACAGUUAGCAUUGGAAAAUUACUGUUGCAGUGUGAUGUAAUGGUUUUAGCAAAGACACACAUGGGAGAACUUCAGGCCCAAGUUGGACUGCAGCUUAUAAUUAUACAGCUAAAGGGUAUGAAUCAAAUAGAAGAAUUCCAGCCUGACUCAAAUGUUACAACUUAUUGGUGAAAUCAUUAUUGCUUUCUGAAAUCAUAUUAAUCUGCACUUGUUGAAUCUGAACACUGAAUGAUUGUCAGUAGUUCUAGCAAAGUCUUGCUGGUCAGCAGCUAUGCUUAUGUAAAUGAAUGUUAUAAAAGAAUAGAGUUCUUAUGCUAGUUCCUUGAUAGUGAGAGGAACAAAACAGGCCUUAUGAUAUUGUCACAACAACAACAAGGCGGUAGCAUUUAUAGCCACCUGCUCAGCAAUAAGGAAACACUUGAAUGUGGCUAUUCCUGUAAUGGUAUGUGGGAAAGACCUUGGGAGACGCAGAAGAGACUCUCCAUAGUUUCUCAGGCUGUAAAGCAGAUGGGAGGGGGGAGGAUUGUACUUUCAGACUUAAAAGAUUCUGUCAAUGUAGCUUUACAAUAAAGUAGAAAGAGCUCAUCUGGUUGUGAUUCCUGUCUGGUUUACCCUGUGAGGCCCACAUUGAUCUUGCAUGUCUGAAAGUACAAUCCUCCCCACGUCCCCUUUACAGCCCAAGAAACCCGGGAUUCUGAGCCUCUUGCCCCACAUACUAUCCAGUUGUGGGCAAUGCAGUCUCUUAUCUGACCGUUGCCUAGGCAGUGUCUCUUGGCCCUGUCUCCCAAGGUCUUUCUCACACAUUACAGUUCUGUAGCAUUGUCCCAUUUUCAUUCUAAAUGUUUUAAUUUGUCUUCUGGUGCUCCCUUGGUGUGCCUUGUAUACAUACUAUUCACUUGUUAUGUAUUGUGUUAAUUUCUUCUCGUGACAUGACAGUGUGUUGUGCAAAUCAUAAGAUAGGGAAAUAAGAAGUAAUGAACUUGGGUGUAGCUGUGAUGUAAAAAAGUUUCCAGAAAUGUGCUGGAUUGGAAAUACUCCCUCUUGUCUUUCUCUUCCUUCUCAAAGAAAACGAAGAGUUUCAAUUCCUGGGGGUUGGUUAAUUGACCUAAUUAAUUGCAAGUUGGAGCUUUUUUGGAACUCUCAUCUGCACUAGCUGUCAGUAAUUGUAUUUCAUGGCAUUCCCUCUGAAACAAAUGAUAAAAGUACAUUAUCGUCUACAUGUCACUUCACCAGAACUUAAUACUUUUGCACAGCUUGGAAAGUUGGAAUGCAAGAUCAGAAAUAUUAAUCCCCCUUCCUUUGGGAAUGUGGAAUUGCUGCUUUACCCAAAGGCAUCAAGUGCUCUUAAACAAUAGAGUCCAAUUUGCCCUUCAUUUGUACAAAACCUAUGUGUGUAACAGAAGAGUAGCUGUGUAAUUCCCCUUCCCUCCUCCAAUUUUAACUAGUACGUAUACAGUGUGAACUAUCUAAGAAUUAGAGGCACAGAGUUCUAAAUGUACAGUUGCCCCAAGCAAUAGGGAUUAAUUUUAUAACUGGAGCAAGGAUUGAAAAAUAAACCUGGAGGAGAGGGGCUGUUACAAAGAGUGAUGAUGCCAUAAUAAAGUUGAAAAUCUAUUCCAGAAGACAGGAUGUGGUGCCCAGCAGUGCCAUUGGCCACACUGAAUAAUGUGUGCGUGGUUGUGUGCUUGUGUGCGUGUGUGAUUAAAAGUGGGCUCUAUAUUUUUUAUAACUAUUGCAGCAGAUAUCAAAUGCUGUGUGUAUAUAUAGUGUGUGAUUAUUUUAUAUAAUAUGUGAUGUAUAUUAUAUAAUUUUAUAAAUAGGACUCCCUUAUGAGAAUUUGCAGUGUUGAUAAUGGGUUGCUAUGCAAGAUAGGAUUUUGAUGCAAAGUGCUGUUUGCUUUACAUUGAAACUUACAGGGAGGCUGUGUGCUGUCUGUUUAUACAAUUAAUUUGGUAAGAUUUUAGAAAUUGCUUUUCAAUAUUCUUGGAAAUGAGGUCACAACUUUGUAGACUAUUAUGAUUGUGGGACCAGUAUCCCAACUAGUUUGGAAAGCAGUAGAGGUCUUUUUGGCAAGCCAGAUUGUCAAAAACACUUUUGUCAGUAGGAACAUCAGGGCUCUUCUACCAUUUCCAUCUUUACUGAGUCUGUCUGAUCCAGGAAAGCCCAGAUAAGUAUAUUGAACAGAGAUGAUAUUAUUUGGAGGUGGGGAAAUGUCAGCCUCUUACUUUACCGAAUCUCAUCAAGAAUUCUUUGUAUUAUAUUGUGACACUGUUUUAAGUGUUUUUCCCUCUUAUUAUAUUUUAUUUAUGAAAGUUAUAUAUUGUCUUUAUAUUUUAAGGGGAUCUUGUGUUCCUUCCAAUCAUAGAUGCAUAUAAAUUGUAGAAAGCAUAUACAGGUGAACAAUUCCUUAAAUACAAAUGCUCAUCCACUUCCCCUACUUAGAUUUGGAUUAGUGUGUUCUGCCAAAGAACUUGUAGGAAAACCUUGUUCGGCAGUAUUUUACCAUCCCAUUUUAAGUUGUAAAGACUUUUCAAAUUCACUAAACACUUCUGUGAAACUUGGGGCAUCUUGUUUAACCUAUUUAGGAUCUUCUACCAGCCUUUGGGUUUGCAGAGAGAACACUGCCACCCGAAAAGCUAGUACAAAUCUUGGUCCGUUGUUAAAUUUUCUGGCAUCUUCAUCUUUAUUAGAUAUCCCUUGAAUUGUGGUAUAGUAUUAUCUCAUUUGCAGAAUUCACUAUUGGAAUAUAUUGCAGCAGAAUUUAAAUGCUGUAUCUCACUUAUAGAUUAUUUCUCAUUUAUCUUUACAAAAAAGUGCAAAUAAUGCAAACAUGCAACUCAAUAGGAAAUGUUUAUUGCAGCACUUUUGCCCAGAAUUUAUGCAACUCAAUGUUUUGCUUUUGACUAUUUAAGAAUGAGAUGAAUUGACAGAGCAGUAUCUAAUUGUGUAAUCAACAUCCAUGCUAUCCUGAUACCAAUGGAUAUGUAAAGCUACUGGUUUGAAGUCGUUGGUUAAACCCUGCUCAUUGCUUGAGAGGGUCUUCAAUAUUAAUGCUACACAAAAUAGCUAUCAGGAGUUUGACCCAUUAAAAUCUGUGACUGAUGUAAAAGGUGUUUUUGGUGCAAUAUGGCUUUAAUCUGAACUGUUUUCCUGAAGGUGUAUGACCUAGCUAUGGAACCUCAAAAAGAUAUUAUUCUCAGAGCUUCCUCCUCCAGUCUUUGAAAAGUCGCUUCACUAAAUUAAAGUAUUGCUGUUUAAGCAAAAAGUGUUAUUUCAUUUUACUUUGAUUUUGUAAUUUAAUUUAAAUUUAAAGAUGCAUGUAUUUUGUGUCAUAUAAAGAUGUAUUUUCCUUUAAAAGUUGUAAUAUUCUUUUUUUAAAAACUGUACAAAUGUUUAAAUAUUGUAGGUUUGGGCAGAAUUUUCUUUGUGUUCAUAAUAUUAAAGAGAAUUACACUGGUCCUGU